GACCGCGAGGCCAUGCUGCGGCUGCUGCAGGCCGCCACCUGGGCGGCCCGCGGCGUCUGCCUCGAGCGCCUCGGAGGCGCCGAGGCCGCGCAGGGGGCGCUGGACGAGGUGGAGGGCCUGGAGGCGCUGAGCCUCUCGGAGCUCUCCGAGCUGGGCCUCCGGCUGGGCCUCCCCGGCAGGGGCGGGGAGGGGGCGCGCGAGGCCGCCGCGGGGCGGGAGGCGCUGGUGGGCGCCCUCGGGCAGGCGGCCGUCUGGCGGCGGAUGCCCCUGGCGAGCCUCCGCCUGGAGUGCGAGGAGAAGGGGGUGCUGCCCCCGGAGUCCGAGCGGCCCGUGUCCGAGCAGCGGGAGCGCGAGGAGCUCCUGGCGCGCCUGGUGGAGCUCCUGUGCCUGGGCCAGCGGCUCGCGGGCCACUUCGAGCGGCUGCGGCUGCGGCCCACGGCCACCCUCGCCGCCGUGGAGCGGGCGCGCGACAGGCUCGUCGGCAGGCUGUCCGCCGCGGCGGCCGCGGGGACCCCUGCGGAGGAGGGGGGCGGCGGCGCGGCGGAGGAGCUGCGGGAGGUAUGCCUUGCGGGCGCACCGGGUGGUCUCGGCGUACCUCGGGGCGGCGGAGGGCCCGCAGGCGACCGCGCCGGGGCCGCCCAGGGCGGAGCCUACCCCCCGCGCGCGGCGGGACGAGUUGGGCGAAACUUUGGCGCCGCUGGCGCCGCCGGCCGCCAGGCAGCAGCGGCUGACGGCGGUCGCGGCCACGGGGA